CAUCGAUCGUCAAAUUAUUUAUUAUUUAUUCAAUAUUGUUAGCAAAUUGUGUAAUACUAGUGAAUACUAUUCUGGUCAGAGGUGGCAAACAAAAAGGCAAUCACAUACCAAAAGGCAAAAUAUGCAUUGGAACCAAUGGCCGUAUGUCAGUGCCAUCCAAUCGGGAACACCAUUUCCAAAAUCUACGGGACAGGUAUACCAACUGUACGUAUGUCGAUGGAAAUCUGGAACUAACAUGGCUUCAGGACAAGAAUCUGGACCUGAAUUUUUUGCAAUACAUUCGGGAAGUAACCGGUUAUGUACUCAUAUCGCAUGUGGACGUCAAACGGAUAGUGUUGCCGAGUCUUCAGAUAAUCAGAGGACGAACACUGUUUAAGCUGAAUGUUAGGGACGAAGAGUUUGCAUUGAUGGUAACCCUAAGCAAAAUGGAAAACCUGGAAAUGCCUGCACUCAGAGAUAUACUAUCGGGAAGUGUUGGCUUUUUCAAUAAUUACAAUCUCUGUCAUAUACGUACCAUCAAUUGGGAUGAGAUCCUAACGGGUUCCAAAGCAAAGACCAUCUAUGUCUAUAAUUUUACUCAACCGGAACGGGAUUGUCCGCCAUGUCAUGAGUCUUGCGAAGAGGGCUGUUGGGGCGAGGGAUCGCAUAAUUGCCAGAAGUUUUCCAAAAUCAAUUGUUCGCCUCAGUGUCAUCAGGGGCGCUGUUUCGGACCCAACCCUAGGGAGUGUUGUCAUCUGUUUUGCGCGGGCGGCUGUACCGGUCCCAAACAAAGUGAUUGUCUUGCCUGUCGCAACUUCUUCGACGACGGUGUCUGCAAACAAGAGUGUCCGCCAAUGAUGCGCUACAAUCCGUCCACUUAUUCGUGGGAAAGUAAUCCGGAAGGAAAGUACGCUUACGGUGCUACUUGUGUGAAAAAUUGUCCGGAUCAUCUGCUCAAAGACAACGGCGCUUGUGUACGGUCGUGUCCGCCMAAUAAGAAAGCCCUGAAUGGCGAAUGUGUACCGUGCGAUGGUCCCUGUCCGAAGAACUGCCAGGGCGUUGAAGUGGUUCACGCCGGCAAUAUCGACACAUUCAAAGGCUGUACGAUCAUCGAAGGUUCGCUGACCAUUCUGGACACUUCGUUCAACGGUUUCCAAGAAGUUUACGCUAAUUUUACGUUCGGACCCCACUAUCCUCGUAUGCAUCCGCAAAAACUGGAAGUAUUCAGUACACUGCGCGAAGUUACCGGUUUUGUCAGCAUCCAGGCAUCGCAUCAGGAUUUCAAAAACCUGUCGUAUUUUAAGAAUCUGGAUAUCAUCGGUGGCCGACAACUGACCGAAUAUUUUGCCGCACUCUAUAUUGUUAAGACAUCGCUUGAGUCGUUGUCGCUGCGAUCGUUGAAAAAGGUCCGAUCAGGCAGUGUAGCCAUACUCGAGAACAAAGACCUAUGUUUUGCAUCGAGUAUUGAUUGGAAGAAAGUGAUGCGAUCCAGUUCCCAUAAUAUGUUAUUACAGAGCAAUGGCGAUGAGGACAAGUGCCGUAAUAAAGGACUGGUUUGCCACUCACAAUGUGGUAGUGAUGGCUGUUGGGGUCCCGGACCAGAUGAAUGCCUGUCAUGCCGUUCGUAUAGAUUGGGAGAGACAUGCAUUCAAAGUUGUAACACAAGUUUAGGCAUCUAUGACGCUGGAAAUUAUAUCUGCAAACACUGUCACGAAGAGUGUUUAGGCGAAUGCUUUGGUCCGGGAGCUGGCAAUUGUUCACAAUGUAGACAUGUUAGGGACGGACCGUAUUGUGUCGGCGAAUGUCCGGUUUCCAAGUACGGCCUGAAUGGCGAAUGUAAGCCCUGUCACGAAAACUGUGUCCAGGGUUGUACUGGUUCGCAGAAUAAACUCGGCGAUGGCGGAUGCAAAUCAUGCGAAAAGGCUAUCGUCAGUAUGUACGACCCGAAUGUUGUGGAGGAAUGUCUGAAAGCCGAAGAACCGUGUCCCGAUGGUUUCUAUCACGAAUACAUUGGUCCCCAGGAGGAAGGGGCACUCAAAUCGUUAACUGGGAAAUCGGUUUGCCGUAAAUGUCAUCAGCGGUGCAAAAAUUGUACCGCUUUUGGUAUUCAUGUAUCGGUUUGCGAGUGUUUGCGCUACAGUUCAGGUGAACAAUGCGAAGACCAGUGUCCGCGCGAUCACUACGCUGAUGAAGCCAAUCACAAGUGUGUCAAAUGUGCCGACGAGUGUCGCAAGUGUUACGGUCCUACAACCAGCAACUGUAUUGCCUGCCGUAACUAUCGUGUCUACAAUGGCGACGACAAAAAACUGUUCAACUGUACCGCUUCGUGUCCAACUGAGAAGCCGUACAAAGUGUUCGAAGACAACAACGAAGAUCCCUACUGUUCCGAUAAAGAUCCGAAUAUAGCUGCCUAUGGUGUCAACGCCGAAGAAGAUCCCUGGACUGUCAUCAUUGGCGGCAGUGCCGGCUGUGUUGUACUCUUCGGCGUAUUUCUGGCAAUAUUCAGCUAUCAAUGGCUACAACGGGCCCGGACUAAGGAGAAUACCAUGAAGUUGACAAUGAGAAUGAGUGGUUUCGACGACAACGAACCCCUGAAGCCAUCUAACAUAAAGCCAAACUUGGCUCAGCUCAGGAUUGUCAAAGAAGCUGAACUACGUAAGGGUGGCAUACCGUUAGGUUACGGAGCUUUCGGUACCGUUUAUAAGGGAGUUUGGGUUCCCGAGGGUGAAAAUGUCAAAAUACCGGUUGCCAUCAAAGUACUGCGCGAAGGCACUCAGCCUAAUACUAACAAAGAGUUCUUGGAAGAGGCCUACAUAAUGGCCAGUGUUGACCAUCCAAAUCUACUUAAACUGCUGGCCGUUUGUAUGACAUCCCAGUUGAUGCUGGUCACCCAACUGAUGCCAUUAGGCUGUCUACUCGAUUAUGUACGCAAUAACAAAGACAAGAUCGGCUCCAAACCGUUGCUCAACUGGUGCACACAAAUAGCCAGAGGAAUGGCCUAUUUGGAAGAAAAACGAAUGGUUCACAGAGAUCUGGCCCUCAGAAACGUAUUACUUCAGACACCCGGUUGUGUAAAAAUUACGGACUUUGGUUUGGCUAAACUUCUUGAGAUCGAUGAAGACGAGUAUAAAGCCGCGGGCGGAAAGAUGCCUAUCAAAUGGCUGGCACUCGAGUGCAUUCAGCACAGGAUAUUCACUCACAAGAGUGAUGUCUGGAGUUUUGGCGUCACUGCUUGGGAACUGUUGACAUACGGAUCCAAACCAUACGACGGUGUGUCCGCCCGUGAUGUGCCCGAUCUGUUGCAAAAAGGCGAACGCCUACCGCAGCCAACUAUCUGUACAAUCGAUGUCUACAUGAUAAUGAUCAAGUGCUGGAUGCUUGAUGCCGAGUCGCGGCCAUCGUUCAAAGAGCUGGCCGAAGAGUUUGCCAAAAUGGCUCGCGAUCCGGGCCGCUAUCUGGUCAUACCGGGCGACAAACUAAUGCGUCUGCCAUCGUAUACACAACAGGACGAAAAAGAACUGAUCCGUACGCUUAGUAUGCCUAUUGAAGGACCCGAAACCAUAAUGGAUGCCGAAGAAUAUCUGCAGCCAAGCAAAACGUGUUCGGGUGGCGACACACCGCCGCCGCCGACACCCAUCAAAAAAUUUAUGGACGAUCGCGGCUUCGAAGGCGAUCCAAUUAACAGCGGGUUUUCGGUGUCCGGCUGUACCGAUGACACACUCGAUGCCCAGUAUCGGCAAAAUAUAUUUUUAAAUGGUUACGGAAGACAUUGCGAUUUCGUUAACUAUAAGUUCGCUCAUUUAGACCCAUCCCUUUAUCAAAUGAAUGGACACUUAAGGGAAAAUAGUCAGGGCUCGGGUCGAUACAGUUCAGACCCCGUCAAAGUCAUGGGUAAAGACGGAGACUUCUGUGAAGUAAUGAGAAACAAUACAAAUAUGUCGACAAAAAGUGAUUUCUCAUUUAAACUGCCCGUCGAUGAAGACGAUUAUCUAAUGCCUUCACCCGGACCUCUUGGUCAGACCUCAGGGUAUAUGGAUUUGAUAGGCGACGCCAAACGAGCAGAGUCAGUCAACGGUAAAGUUAAAGACUAUCGAUAUAUUCCCGAUUUUCUUCCGGUCGUCAAAGGCCAGUCCAGAUGUGUCGACAAUCUUGAAUAUCAUCUGAUGAGUCGCGAACACGAUUAUGUCAACUCAGUACCAAAUACACCAUUGACACCAAUAUCUCCCAUUUCAUUGACCAGUUCACUGAUAAAUGGUAUGCCAACCGUAACCACUGGUCCAUCCGUGACAAUGCAUCCGACAAUGAAUGGCAAUUGUCCGCCAAUGAUGUCCGCACACACAAACGGUAUUGUUGUCGGCACCCGUCGGGUAAGCGGCAGUGAUAUGGAGGAAAUGUCCGACGAUCACGACUACUAUAAUGAGUUUGAUAGACUUCAGAGGGAAUUACAGCCAUUGAAUCUGAGAAAGAAAAGUAAAAAUGAAACAACAGUUUAGUUGUUUUAUUAUUAUUUAGUAUUAUUAUUAUUAUUUGAA